GAUGUCAUUGUCAGCCGACGUCAAAGCAUUUUCAGCACCAGCAGUGUGGCCAGUAUUGACGCCUCGCGACUGAUCUGAUUUCAGUUCUCUGCUGUGGAGACGUCAGCUGAAGUUGGAGAGAAGAUGAUGUGGCUUCUAUUGUCUUUGGCCCUGUUUACAUCUGGACUGGCUCAAUGCAGACUGUCUGUUAAGGACGAGACAGGACUGGACCCUGAAGUCAAUAUGAACAUUAGUGAGAUCAUAAGACACUGGGGAUACCCAGCUGAAGAAUUUGAAGUGGUCACUGAGGAUGGCUACAUCCUGAGUGUCAACCGAAUCCCACAAGGGGUCAAAAGCAAGGCCUGGCAAGAGCCCAAACAUGUAGUGUUCCUCCAACAUGGUCUCCUUGCUGCUGGAAGCAACUGGGUGACAAACCUUCCCAACACAAGCCUGGGCUUCAUUCUAGCCGACGCUGGAUUUGAUGUGUGGAUAGGCAACAGUCGUGGGAACACAUGGUCCAGAAAACAUGUCAGCCUUGACCCUAAAGAGAAAGAAUACUGGAAGUUCAGUCAUGAUGAAAUGGCUAAAAAGGAUCUUCCUACAGUGAUAAACUUCAUUACGAAGACCACUGGCCAGGAGCAAAUCUUUUAUGUGGGACAUUCCCAGGGAACCACCAUAGCCUUCAUGGCUUUCUCCACAAUGCCGGAGCUGGCCAGCAAAAUCAAGAUGUUCUUUGCCCUGGCUCCUGUUGCCACAGUGGGGCUAACAAAAAGCCCUAUGACCAAAUUGUCUGUUAUUCCAGAGUUUCUCAUUUGGGAUCUCUUUGGGAGUAAAGACUUCCUGCCUCAAAAUGACCUGAUCAAGUUUUUUGCCACUGAGUUCUGCAGCAGGAAGCCUUUGAGUGUGCUGUGUGGAAACGUUUUCUUUCUCCUCUGUGGUUUUGAUGAGAAGAACCUGAACAUGACUAGAACACCUGUGUACACGACACACUGCCCAGCAGGAACCUCAGUGCAGAACAUGGUUCACUGGGCUCAGGCUGUAAAAUACAGUAAGCUAAUGGCAUACGAUUUUGGAAAAACUGGAAAUAUGGCACAUUAUAACAAGACAACCCCUCCUCUGUACAACAUACAGGACAUGAUGGUACCCACAGCUCUGUGGUCUGGUGGGCAGGACACGCUGGCAGAUCCUCAGGAUGUGGCUCUGCUGCUCACACAGAUACCUAAAUUGGUGUUCUACCGCAACAUUGAUCACUGGGAGCACCUAGACUUCAUCUGGGGCUUGGAUGCCCCACAGGAGAUGUACAACAAAAUGAUUGAAUUGAUGAGGCAAUAUGUGUGAAGAGGACGUUUUGAGCAUCAGGUUUUAUCAUCAGUUUUAAAUUCUUAACACUAAUUCAGGUCUCUUUUUGUUUGUGCAUGUCCCCUGUGCUAAAAUGUGUCUUUACAAUUGGAAAUAUGUAUUCCUGAAUGUAAAAGGAUAACUUUGGUUAUGAGGAACAGAGAACUUACUUUGGUUUGCCUUUAGUUUUACCUCUAACCAUGAAAACAAGUGUAUCAUUGUUUGCUCAUGCUGUUUCAGGUGCUGGUAAACCUGGUAAUUUUUCAAAUGUUGUUGUUACAAUAAUCUGAGCCUUUGAUAAGCUGUCACCUAGAAACUGAGCGUUACACUCAUGAUAAGGGGUUGUCUUGGAAAUGCACUUGUUCAAUGCGUUUUUUACUUUAGCUUUUACUAACCACUACUAGACAAGUUUAUCUUGCCAUACUGUCUCAUCAUGGUCAUGUCAUGGAUCAUACUUUUUUUUUUUUAUGUUAAUCUCUGAUUUUACUGACU